CUUGUCAAACCUCACUGUGGUCAAGCUAACGUUCACAGCUCCAGGUCGCUGUCAGGAGUAGUAACGACAGAAAUACAACAGCAUGGACGGUGUCAGUCACCUGAAGUCAUUGCUGGGCCAAUGCAUCUGAGACCUGUCUGAAACACAGUGCCUUCAACACCAGGAGACAAUUUAACGAAGACUCAAAGUUCAUUUUAAUGUCUCCACAACGAGUGUAGUAAUAAUAACGUUAGAGUAGCGGCAAGCUAACAGCUAGCUAACGUUACUUAACCUGGUAUUUAGCUAACUUAGAAACAGCCGCGGAAGAACCUGCGAACGACUUGAAAUAACGCGCCGAGUGAAGGAUUUAAAAGCACUAGAAAUCUUCGCACCGGUCUCACAUUUGCAAGCUCUCAGGGCCUGGUGUUGCAGCCCCUCCAGUGGUUGACUUCAUGAGUGUGCCCAGCGACAGCCGUGCCUAGUCCUCGGGGAUGGGGAAUGGAGUCCAGGAACAACGGGCAUCACUCACACAGGGAGAAGUGCUGCCGCUGGCCUCCUCCACUCAGUCAGAAGGCCUGAAGCACACCCGGUCUGUCCUCAACUCGCUCUUCUCGGGGGCUUUAGCAGGAGCUGUGGCCAAGACAGCUGUCGCCCCACUGGACAGGACUAAAAUCAUCUUCCAAGUGUCUUCAGCACGAUUCUCUGCUAAGGAGGCCUACCGGUUGAUCUACCGCACCUACCUGAAAGAUGGCUUCUUCAGCCUGUGGAGGGGGAACUCUGCCACCAUGGUACGAGUCAUCCCAUACGCUGCCAUCCAGUUCUGUGCACACGAGCAGUACAAGAGGCUGCUGGGAGGCUACUAUGGCUUUCAGGGGAAAGCCCUGCCUCCGUUCCCAAGAUUACUGGCUGGAUCUAUGGCUGGUACCACAGCAGCCAUGCUAACCUAUCCUCUAGACAUGGUACGAGCUCGGAUGGCCGUAACACCAAAGGAAAUGUACAGUAACAUUCUGCAUGUGUUUGUGCGGAUCUCUCGAGAGGAGGGUCUGAAGACACUGUAUCGAGGUUUUACUCCCACCAUGCUGGGUGUUAUUCCCUACGCUGGUCUCAGCUUCUUUACCUAUGAAACACUGAAGAAGUUACACGCCGAGCGCAGCGGGCGCCCACAGCCCUACUCGUAUGAACGUCUGGCAUUCGGGGCCUGCGCUGGUCUCAUCGGCCAGUCGGCGUCAUAUCCUCUGGAUGUGGUGCGACGGCGCAUGCAGACAGCGGGAGUCACAGGUCACACGUACGGCACCAUCCUGGGCACCAUGAAGGAGAUCAUGUCGGAGGAGGGGGUCAUCCGUGGACUCUACAAAGGUCUCAGUAUGAACUGGGUCAAAGGGCCCAUUGCGGUGGGGAUCAGCUUCACCACCUUUGACCUUACUCAGAUUCUCCUUAGGAAGCUGCAUCAGAUGGGCUAUUCAGCUCGAUAGUAGAGAGUGGAAAACACAAGUGGGAUAGCACAAGAUUCCCAUAAGCCCUCUGAAGAGAAACAAAGAGGGGGAGGUAAGAGAGUGAAGAGUGUGUAUCGCUGGACAGACGCAAACACACACUGGCUCAGGAUGCGUGGGUAAUGUUAAUGUACUCUCUCGCUUUAUCUGUUUGAAAAAGGGGAUACACAGUCCCUAUAGGUGUGAGGUAGCAUGUAGGGUGGUACUGUGUACCUGUACACACUGUCGUCAUGUACAUCGAAGUGCAAUAUGCUCAGUGAAUUUACCCGUGUAUGUGUGUACACAUAUAUUAUAAUGCUCCUGCCCUCGUGGACCAGGCCUGUGAGUGUAUUUAUCAAUCAGAGAGUUCAGAGGUUCAUACACACUGACGUCUCUCAGCUGCCUUGUGUGUCUGCUUAACACUGACACCUUCCAAUGCAAUGCAGGUUGCCACUCAUUAGCUAAUGACUUUGAAGAUGCAUUUGAUUUGAUAAGAGUAAAGUUGCCCCCUUGAGAUUUGUUUUGAUGUGAGUGAGUUUGUUUUAAGGUAUAUACCAAAGGUUAGGAUGUGAGCUAGCUGCACAUUAUAUGUAUUAGUGGUGUUUAAGCACAAACGAGCAACGUUCUUGUCCAGCACAGAGGUAACUGUGUCUUUACUGCCAUUGAAUAGUUAGUUUUUGUUUGAGUUGAAGAUAGAGAAAUCUCUCUGAAUCUAGUAUCUUUAAGUGGAGCUCCAGAACACAGACUAAAUUCACAGACUUUUAUUUGGAAUUAAACUAAAGCGCUGACAGCAGACAGAUGAUCUCUAUUUUAUGCCAGUGCCAGGAGAUAUGAAGUAUAAAGAGUGCCCAUAUUAUUUUAUAUUUGCUGUCACUAUAAUCACAUCAUGGGCUUUUUAAAAGAUUGUCAGUAGUGAUAGACAGCUUUGUUUUCUUAAUAACAUAUAUAACACAUAUAAUUACAUCAAACAGUUUGUUGGUUUCUUUUCCAAAUGUGCGAUCAUAGACACUGAUUUAACAGUUAAGGAACACCUGCACAGUCUAAUGUAAUCCAGUACAACAGCUCUGCAGUGAAUACAACCUUUGUGAAGUUUACAGUGGCUCAUUGUUGACACAGUGUGAGAGGUGCUGCUUUAAGUAUAGUACUUUUAAUGAUAUAGUUUUUGACUACAUUAUAUUGACAGGUGUUUCUACUAUUUCUCAUCCUCAUGUGUGUGUCUCCUAUAAUGGACACACACACACACACACACACACACACACACACACACACACACAGAGUCCCGUACACAGUAUACAAAUGUCUUCCAUUUGCUGUCAGUAUAGCUGCUGCAGGAUCUGUCUCUUCAUGGCUUUGCUGCCACUCAUGCCUGUUUUGUUUAAAACGUGGCAAACGCUGGUUCAGAUUUUGACAGGUCAUGGAAUUAAUGCACAAACUUCUAGUUAGGUUGGAUUCAUGACGUAGAUCUGUAUCAGUACUUGUUAAUGAACUAACUGAACUGGAAAUAUGCACACAUCAUUCGGGUUCUCUGUUACAGGCAUAAUUCAAUACCUUUUAGCGUUCUCAGUAUUGAACUUUACCUCAGCACAUAAUGAAAAUGUUGGAAUUUUCACAUAUCGAUGUGUUCUGUGGAGUAGUGUCAAAAAUGUGCACAGUUUUCAUUUGACUGUUUGUGAAACAGUUUAAACAGUAUUGAUGCAGGCUUACGGUCACUGAGGAGUGUCAAUAGUUUCUAUACUUAGACCGUACAUACCGAGGCUGGGGUGGUUGGGCGAGUUGAGCUGAGUGAACAGCUGGAUGCAGAGCCAAAUGGAGCAGAGGGCAGGAAGUGUCUUCUGUACCAGAAUAAACAGGUGUGAGGAUCUCAACUGAAACUCAGCAGUUAGUUUAAGAAAAAAAUCUUGUGUUUUCUAUUUUCAAUAAUCGAUUGGUUAACACUCCACUAAGGCUGCACAAAUGAUUUUGUUGUUGCUUAAUCUUUAAAUAAUUUAAUUUGAAUAAUCACCAGAAAAAUGUCCAGAACGCUCACUAGAGCCCAGAGUAAUGCCUUAACACUGCUUUAGUCCUCUGACCAACAUACGAUAUUAUAUGAUAUUUCACUUUGUGGGAUAUGAACAUGUUUAAAAUCAGAAACUAUCUGAUCAAAUAAUAAGUAAAGAAGAGUAUGCAUUCUUUGUCUGCUUUUGGUAUUUCACAGAUUUCAGCACUCGCUACUUGGGACACUUUUUGGUCAGAACCAAAACAUUAUGAAAUGUGAUACUCAGCUCUAUUCAGUAAUUUACCACAGUCUCAUCCCCUAUUCAUUAAACUUUCAACGCUUCUUUAACCCACCUCUGUCUUAUCAUCUUCCUCUCAUCUGUCUGUUCAUGGAUGUUGUGAUACUUUUCCUCAUUGUCCAGUGAAUCAGGAGAAAUGUAGCGUUCAGGUGACACAGUUGAACCAGACUGAACUCACAUCAGCAAACAGUGGAGAACUUUGAUCCACUUGGGUUCACAGCAAAGCAGUAGAUACAAGUUUAGUCUUUUGAUAAUAUCAAUUAGUUAUCUUUAUCCCUCACCUUAGGUAGCAGGAGGGAAAUCUGUGUAACUAAGCUUAGCUGAAAUCUGCACAUGUUCUGAGCUGACAUUUUAAAAAGUGCUGCUUAGUUGAAAACAUACAGCAACUGAAAGCUGAGUGAAGGACAGUCACUGACUCUUAAGUGCCUCGCAAGGAAUAGUAAAGUUUUUACUAUGACUGAGCUACUUCUACUAACCUUUUUGAAGGUUGCUUCCAUUUUCUAGCCUUGCUUCGGUCUUGAAGUCACAAAAUAUUCAAGGAGCAACAGAUGGUUGGUUUGGAGUUUGGGGGCUUGUUAGACCUCUGUGACUGAAUGUAUUACUUCAGGUGCAGAUUUUGUACAUGAAUUUAGUAAAACUGACAAACUGAUUCUCCUAGCAGAGUCAGUUGCUCCAUUCCAACUCGUUUGAUUUUAGGAAUGUAAGAUGAUGAUUUAGAAGUACAUUUUAUGGUUAUUUGUACAUUGAUUUCAACUGGAAGAACGUAAAGAACAUUGUGAUGUUGUUAUCUCUCUGUUGAUGUACCAGUAGAUCAAAGGAUGAAAUACACUGAUGAUGAAAUACACUAUAGUAGCGACAGUCUAACAAACCUGGUCAAACUCCUAGACAAUCAUUAAAUGCCAAAAGGUUUUAUGUUUUGUAUUUGUUUCAAAAUAAAAGUAUGAUUUUUGUUGAGAACCUGACAGUGACUUAAUAAGAGGGAAUACUGACACACUACAACAACAAACUGGUUUAUUAUUUGCUCUAAUAAAAGCAAAUGGACUUGUUUUAACCCUAUUUGUGGGUAAUCCAGACAAAAAACAGACAUGCAGACAUACAAUGCUACUGUGUUUGCAUGUUACAACAGAUCACCUUGUAUGUUUUUGUUUCAGUGCAGCAGUGAUGCAACGGCUGUUUUGUAAAUCCCAGUGAUUUGUGCCAACUGAAUGUAAACGUACCUAUUAAUGCCACACCCUGUGUCCAGUCUGUUGUGUUGAUGGUGUAUCUGUAGGAAAGUUUUGAAAUAUCAAAUUCUCUAAUAAAACUGGAUGUUGACAACA